AUGCUGUGUUCCCUUAGAAGCCCAAAACAGCUCGUUAUUUUGACUGUGGAGAAAGUUGGCCAGACGAUGCCAAGGCUGGGUGUCCUGCUUGGAAUCAGAAGUGCAGCUCCUGCCAAGAAUAUUGUCAUUAUACGCAGUAUUGUCGAGGUUCUAAGAAAAUUCAGUCUUAGGAGAGAGGCGGAACACACCGAAAAGGAAACAGGAAUUAGGGAUGUCAAAAUUCCAAGCCCCAAUGAUCCGUUAACCGAGUGAACAAAGAGUCAAAGCCACACUCACCACCGUCGAGUUGAGAUGAUGAAUGCACGUUCACAUUAAGUUUUCCAACAAAGGGUAGUGCUCCAUUUGUGUGAAUGGAAGUCAAUGGGUGUCAUGUGCUAGUUCUUAGUGGACUCUGAGGCAAGCGUAAACAUCGUGAGAUAUGAUGUGUCAAAAUGUUUGACCGUGGACUAAAAACUUGUGAUACAAAAGUGUAUGCUUUUAACUUAUCUAUGCUAGUGGAAUCUAAGUGUUGUUCAGUUGACUCUAGAUUUCUCCUGGUAGAUGGCAAAACAUCUUGAAUAUAAAACUGUUACAGACCUCGCAACACUACAAGUUGUAAAUGCUGUGUCUGUGGAAUGGAAUGUGUUCCAAAAUUACCCAAGUCUUAUGGGAAAGAUGAAGAAUGCUGAGGUGAGCGAUGUCUGUCAGGCAUGACCAAAUAUGUGGCUUCUUUCAUACGUAGUUAUGCAGACAUUGUAGUUCCAUUGCAUAACCUCACCCAUAAGAGUGUUGAAUUCAAAUGGAAAGAUGUUCACCGAGAAGCGUUAGAGCGACUCAAGUGUAGUCUCACAUCGGAUGAACUAAUGGCAUCCUUUGACCCCAACAGGAAAUCCAUCCUGGUUGUGGAUGCUAGUUCUAUUGGAUUAGGUGACAUGUUAAUUCAACUUGGCAAAGUCAUCUCCUAUGCCAGCAAAGCCCUUUAGAGUGUGGAAAGGUGCUACUCUCAAAUGGAGCACGAGGCGUUGGCAAUCGCUUCGAGUUGUCAUCACUUCCUUAUGUAGCUCCUCGGAAGUCACUUAAAAGUCGUGACAGAUCAUAAGUCAUUGCUAGCCAUCUUCAACAGCCCUAUUUUCCGAGCCUCACCUAGGGUUGAGAACUGGCGUGGAAACUAGCGUCCUUCAAUUUCAAAGUGAGAGGCGACCAAAAUCUAUGUGUUUGUAUCGUAACGCAUCAUCAGGGUGAUACGAAGUGCCAUCUCAUCACAGAGUCUGCAGAGCAGUAUGUCAACUUCAUGAUGUCUCAAGCGACGUUUAGGGUUCGAAGUAAAGAGAUCAGUGAAGCAACCAAAAGAACUAAUCCACUUCAUCUCAACUAGCCAGUGGAAUAGCCUGAAACCAGGGGAAGGAGUCAACCCAAAUACCCUAAGAUAUUUGCCAACGUGGACAGUGAGCUGACUUCUGUGGAUGGUAACCUUGUGCUUUGUGGAAGCCGUACAGUAAUGCCAGAUGCCCUUAAGAAACGAGCGAUGGAAUUGGCCCAUAAAGGCCAUCAAGGGCUGGUAAAGACUAGUAGCCUGUUGUGCUUAAAGGUCUGCUUUCCAAGAACGGACAGCCUUGUUGAUUCCAUCGUGAAAUAUUAUGUUCCCUGUCAGGUUGCAACACCUAAGCCUUCCUGUGAACCUCUGCCAUGACAUCCCUUGCCCAAUGGUCCCUAGAAAAAAAGAAAACUUUGACUUUUGUGAAGUUACUGGACACCAAGAUCUCCUGAAACUGAGAUGGUCCACUCUACAUCUGCCAGAGCGGUGAUUCUUUGACUCAACCAGAAAUUUUCUGCCUAUGAUGUAACCUAAGUGGUAAAGUCUGAUAAUGGUCCCCCCUUUCAUGGUGGCGAGUUCGCACAAUUUGCUAAAUAUCUUGGCUUCAAGCACCGAAAGGUGUAUCCUAUGUGGCCUGAGGCUAACAGGGAAGUGAAACGCUUUACCUUUGGAAAGGUACUACGCACCACUACUCACUAGAAGCAAUAUAUGAAUCAGUUCCUACGCUUUUAUCGUGCUACUCCCCAUUGUACUAUGGGCGUUGCCCCUGCUACAACCCUGUUGGGAGACCAGUUAGAACCAAGCCACCCAUCUUUGUUUUUGAGCCAAGUGGUGAAAGUCAUUACCCGCAACCAUGCGCCACAGAGGUGCUAAGCAGCAACUCAGGAUCAAGAGCCAAGCUGACUCUAGGAGAUCUGUCAAAGAUUGUGACAUUCAGAUUGGGGAAAAAGGGAGAAAAGCUGUCAAUGCGGUACCAUCCGGCCUCGUUGACUGUCCCUAGGAAGCAUUACAGCAUUAUAAAAGUAGAUAGUGCUGACUGACGAGCGACACAUAAUUAAUCUCACCUAAGGAAGCUUCUGGCUAACGACUCCGUCACAUUCAAAACUAGUCGAGCACUUAAGGGAGAGGCAAUUGACCUGAACACUGAGAGCAGCCCUCCUUCCUGCAUUCCAGUCUCAGUUCAGGAGUCUACAGGCUCACCAGUGGACUCCAGUGGAAGUGCUGACAUCCUUACUGAACCUGUGCUUCGAAGAUCUGCACAUGUGUCUGUACCCCCAAAGAGACUCUCCAAGAGAUUCGAUUAA